AUGGUUUUUACACCAUCGUCUUCGAACUCUUCACAAUGCAAGAUCUUUCAGUUUUAUUCCACUUUUCCCGUGACGUUCGCAUCGUUUCACUUCACAUUAAAUAGGCGUCACUUUGUAUUAACACAUCAGAAUAAUCCCUCAACAUCAGUUUAUACUUCACCAUCUGAAGUAGCUUCUUCAACACCUGUUUAUACUUCAACAACUGAAGUAGUGUCACCAACAUCAGUGUUUACUUCACUAUCUGAAGUACCUUCGUCAACACCUGUGUUUACUACAACAUCUCAAGAAGUGUCCUCAUCACCUGUUUAUACUGAAACAUCAGAAAUGAUUUCUUCAACACCAGUGUAUACUGCAACAUCUGAAGUAGUUUCCUCCACACCAGUUUACACUGAAACAUCUGAAAUGGUAACUUCAACACCUGUUUACACUGCAUCAUCUGAAAUGGUAACUUCAACACCUGUUUACACUGAAACAUCUGAAAUAGUAACUUCAACACCUGUUUACACUGACACAUCUGAAAUGGUAACUUCAACACCUGUUUACACUGCAUCGUCUGAAAUGGUAACUUCAACACCUGUUUACACUGAAACUUCUGAAAUGGUAACUUCAACACCUGUUUACACUGAAACAUCUGAAAUGGUAACUUCAACACCUGUUUACACUGAAACAUCUAAAAUGGUGACGUCAACACCUGUUUACACUGAAACAUCUGAAAUGGUGACUUCAACACCUGUUUACACUGAAACAUCUGAAAUGGUGACUUCAACACCUGUUUACACUGAAACAUCUGAAAUGGUAACCUCAACACCUGUUUACAUUGAAACAUCUGAAAUGGUAACCUCAACACCUGUUUACACUGAAACAUCUGAAAUGAUAACUUCAACACCUGUUUACACUGAAACAUCUGAAAUGGUAACCUCAACACCAGUUUACACUGAAACUUCUGAAAUGGUAACUUCAACACCUGUUUACACUGCAUCAUCUGAAAUGGUAACUUCAACACCUGUUUACACUGAAACAUCUGAAAUGGUAACUUCAACACCUGUUUACACUGAAACAUCUGAAAUGGUAACCUCAACACCUGUUUACACUGAAACAUCUGAAAUGGUAACUUCAACACCAGUUUACACUGAAACUUCUGAAAUGGUAACUUCAACACCUGUUUACACUGAAACAUCUGAAAUGGUAACUUCAACACCUGUUUACACUGAAACAUCUGAAAUGGUAACUUCAACACCUGUUUACACUGCAACAUCUGAAAUGGUAUCUUCAACACCUAUUUACACUGAAACAUCUGAAGUUGUUACCUCAACACCUGUUUACACUGAAACAUCCGAAGUAUUAACCUCAACACCAGUAUAUACUGCAACAUCUGAAGUAGUUACCUCUACCCCAGUGUAUACUUCAACUGAAGAAUUUACUACAUCAACUCCUACAAUAUUUUCUUCGACACCAGUAAUGUCAAGCUCAGUAUUAGUGCCCUCAUCGUCAGUGGUUAGUUCAUCUGUAUCAUCAAGUAUACAGCCAACCUCUUCGGAAACAGUGGUACCGACAAGUACAGUGACACCGUCAACAACGCCUGCUCCUGUUACAUAUGAUAUGCAAGGAAGAUUUAGAAUAACAGGUGGCGCCCUUUGGACUGAGGAAUUGAAGGAUAAAAACUCAGAUGGUUAUAAAACGCUGAGAGGCGAUGUAGAAGUACAGUUGAAUAAAACUUAUACAGUAGAGUUCAAAGGCCGAUUCAGAAGAAUAAAGGAUAUGACUUUUAGUCAGGGAAGUGUUGUAGUGAGUUAUGUACUAGAGUUCGCUGAUCCAGCAAACCCUGUAUCUACAAGCGAUGUAACUGAUAAACUAGUAACUGCAGCCAGUAGCGACUUUGGAGGCUUCACUGUAGAAACACAAAGUAUUGUGCAUGAAGUAAUCGUGCCUACAUCAUCCACGCCCGCCGAUACAACGACCCCGGAGCCGCCACCGAUGACCACGGAGAAGGAAGAGAAGGAUUUCCCGAACUGGGCGAUAGCUGUAAUAGCAUGUGGAUCAGCAGUACUUGUCUUCCUCUUAUGUCUGAUCUGUGUUCUGUGUCGCAGACGUCACGUGACUCAUAAAUAUGCACUUCCGGAAGAUCCGGAUGACAUCGGCUAUAGACGAAGCUGGGCAAGUAACAAUACUCAACAUAAUCCAGAAUACGUGUAUGAUAAUAAAAUUGCCAUACAAUCAGAGGACAUUGCUGACAGAGGGGAAGUAAAUAGUCCGUCAACGUAUUACAAUUUAUCCGACCAUGACCUUAAAGAAGGAAAUGGUCGCGUAGCAGGUGCUUCAACGUCAUCAGGAGUAGAUCCGACUUUAAUAAAUGUACAUGAUUGGCCCCCAGCUAAUGGGUCAGCGAACAGAGCAGUGCUGUAUUUUUAUGACAAUACAAAAACAUUUUACGAUCAAGAAUCGGACACUUGGGAAACAAAGAUGUAACGGAAGCUAUAUUUAGACAUUCUGAAUUUAUAAAUAGAUGUGUAACGGAAGUUGCUCAGUUGGGAAACGCGUGUUCAGUGUGUGUAAAUAAAUAGAGACCUAUCACAAAUGAACUGCAUAUAAGAUGGAAAACCCGGGGGCGAGGACAACGAUAUUCCAUUUUGAACAUGUUUAGGAAAAGUUAAGUGAACAAAUUUAAAGGCAAAACAAAUGUUACACUUACACAUGUUUGGGUAAUGUUGAAGGUUAGGUGGUUUCAGUUGAAAGCGAUGAAAUAUGUUUAAAACAAACCGCUUUCGUCUUUGUCCAAUUAUACCGCUUAACAGUUCUAUGCAUUAAAAACUAACAUAUACAUAUUUGCAUGAAAUUCGAAACCAUGAUUUUCAGAACAAUAACAAACUAAAUAAUUGUUUUAUAGAACAAUUGUAUUUCUUUCUGCUUUCUAUAUUAAGCAAGUAUAAACAAAUAUGCAAAUCGGACAAGAGGUUCACCAUCUUUAACUCAACUGGUGUUUUUCUUUAACUUACAUUUCUUACAAAACAUACGGUCAUACUUUGACCUUACAGCUCUCCACAUAUAGCAAGUUGACCAUAAGUGCAAAAGUGGCCUUAUAAGCAAUUUUCUUAAGUUUUAUGAAUAUGUGUGUCGGCAAUGCAUUAUGAAAAUAUGGACACCGUUUUCAUAAAAAAACAUGAACAUUUUAUGUGCAUAAAACGUAUUAAACGGUAUUUUGCUAUUUUUUAUUUACAAAUAUGAGUAAAUAUGUGCAUAUCGAUGUAUCCAAUGACUUAAUGUUGGGAGUCAAAAACAUUCCAUCUUGUUAUUUCAUAUGACCUUGAUUUAUAUUCCCAAAUUCUUAAUUUUCGAAUGGUAUAUUUCCAAAUGUUAUAUUUCGAAAUGUUAUAGUUCUAUUUCCUAAUGUUAUAUUUCCAAAUAGUAUAUUACCAACUGUUACUUCUGGCUUUUUGAAAGCAUGUCUUGUAAGCUUUUGGUCUCCUUUAAUACCUGAUAAUAAUAAUGGUAUUGUGGAAGUAUAUAGCAAAUAACAUAUAGUAUAGAGAAAAAUGCAUUUGUUAUACAAAUAUAUUUAUUUAUGCUCAUUUUUUUACAUUAUGCAAUACGUUUGUACAAUUAAAGGUAAUCGAUUGAUUGAUUUUAUUGAUUUAUGUAAACGUUCCUAUACUGCAUUUCAGUCGAAAAUUAGAGUCUUCCUCUUAAUUGACUGUAGACAAAACGACAUUUAAAAAAGAUAUAUAUUUGGAAACAAAAUGCCGGGAGUAAAUUGUAAAUGUGUCUGCAUGUUUAUUGAAUUGAGUGGAAAUAGUGUUGUCAUUAACAUAUAAUUAAUGAAAGUAAGGAAAUUUAAAUUAAUAUACACGUAUAUAAGUCUUUUUCGUACACAAAGCUGGAUUUUCUAGAGCCAUGAAAAUGGCCAUGCACAUGAAAACAUUUUUAUUUGUAAAUAAAAUAAUUAUCAUCAUAUGAGGUAAUAAUGAAAUUAAAUCUUUUUUCAGGCACGUAUUGCCAAUACACUUAAGUCACCUUAAAGAAGCAGAAAAAACAACGAUUAUCUUUAAAAGAUAUUAAGAGGAUAUUUUUUAGUUUCAGUGAAAUAUGGAAUAUAUUUUCACUCAACAUGAUAAGAUGCCACAUGUUUUCACGAGCCGGGACGGCGAGUGAAAAUAUGUGGCAUUUUAUCAUGUUGAGUGAAAAUAUAUACCAUAUUUCACAAUAAACGAAAAUAUAACCUUUUUAUAUAAUUUCAUUGUCAAAGAAAAAUGGUGACAAACACCCUUGCUUGCUACGCAACUGCAAUUGUACAUGUACAGUGCGCAGUAAUAUAAUUAUUGUCUUGUUUUGCACGCGAUAUUUAGCGCUACAUUUUGACGUGACGUAAACAACUCUUUAAACGUCUGUACAGCGUUAAUGACUGAAUUAAAGAUAUUGGUGUUCGGAUUUAUUUUCUUAGUAAGACCAUUUUCUAUCAUUCUAGAUAGUUUUCACAACAAAAUUGAACAAACAGUUGUUUUGUAUUUAUCAGAUUUUUCAAACAAAAUGGCGAAAGAAGUCCCUUAAAAUAAAUAUGAGUUUUGACUCCGCCCACUGUCAUAUUUAUAUUUCUUAUUUAUUUUUAAAAAAUAUGAAAUAUAAAUUGGCUGAUAUAGCACAAUAUUUCACGGGUAAAAUUAAAUAUGCUACUUAUUAUAUGUGCAUCAUAAUUCAGACCCUUGCUCUGCCUAUGGAGUCGAUAAACACUCAUAUUAGUAAUAUAACACACAAAACUUUACAUGAAUAGUGAAUAUUUGUACGUUACUUUUGAAACAUUGGCCAUUCAUCAAAUGCCCCAAGCUUAACAAUAUGGAAUAUAUCUAAAAUCCACAUGAUCAUAUUGGAUUUGCCUAUUUAUAACGUUUGUCUUCAGUCAUUUAAGAGGGAUGUCAUGACCCUCAUUGUGCCAGUAUCAUUUUCAAGAUUUACUUUGAUUAAUUUAUCUACCCAUUUUCAAAUGUUAUGAGAUUAUUGAAAAAUAGUAAUGACGUCAUAGUAUGACGUCAUAUUAAAGGUGAUAUGUUUCGUUUUAUGUAUAAUUAGCUCUUAUUGAUAUUAUAGGUGCUAUUUUUGUCACAUACACAACGUUCCUUUUUUCAGGAAGCAUGUAGUUUAUGCAUUUAAAUUACAGUACGUUUGUAAAGUCGGUUUUCAUAGGAUAUUCGUGGAACAUGUAUUUUGAUACACACAAGACUUUUGUAAACGUGUAAAUUAUUGCUUUUUCAAAGUAGCUGUGCAGUAUUGCGAAUUUGUUAUAAACACGACGGAAUGAAUAACUACCGGGUCAUAUAGAUGUUUUUUCAUAGCAAUUGUUACCUACCAUGGCCGCCGUUUUUGGGAUCAUUUCUAAUAAAUUAUAUAUGUAAAAUAAGACAUAAAUCUAUCAAUAUUGUAUCAUCUUCAUGAAGACCAAAAAUCGUUUACUGAUGCUUGCUGUAGUAAUGGAUACAUAUGUAUAAAUAUAUUUUAAAAUUCACCUUAAUCGGCUGUUAUAACUGUGUCAAAAAUAUUAUAUAGAAUAUUAACCACCAAAUUUGAAUGACUGCCAUUUUUUUCAAGGGAGGUAAAUGCUGUUAAAAUUGGCAACUAUCUACAACAUAUCAAAACAUUUUAACUUAUAAUGUGUAAGAAAGAAGGUACAAAUGCAAUCGCUUCAUGAAGGUUUAGAUUUCAGUUAGAAACGAAUUUGAAAGUUAUAAAAAUCGGCAUAAAAUUAUGUUCUAAGACGAACUAAAAUUAUACGUUAUAAUUACCAAAAAGGAUAUUAUACAUGCAAUAGUAAACAUUGUCUCGUGCACAGCUUGAAUGUAUUUCUCGUGGGUUUUUAUUUGAUGACAAGAUAUAAUUAUGUUGCCUUGAUGAGUCAUGUGCCUUUCUUCCUGUAUAUAAAAGCCUUUAAAAGGCAUAACAUAUCAAAUUAUAAAUUAAUCAAAUGCAUUGUACAUUACUUUUAAUUUUUGUAUGUUUACGUAAAUGUUAUAUGUUAUUAUGGAUAUCGAACCCUAAUGAAAUUGGCAAAUUUCUAUUUGUUUCGAGGAUAUGCAAUAUCGUGUUAAAACAAGAUACUGCUCUUGCGUUCUACCGACAUCUUUCGUAAAAACUAUUUUAGGCAUAUGGCGUAAGAUCUAUGGACAGUUACGUAAACUAUAUAUGGCUGUGAUUUGAGUCACUAAUACUAUGUUGACAAACGCAUUCAUGAUCAUAAGGGUCCUUAACAAUUUAGAUGUUAAAAAAUAUUGACUAAACACAGUCAACGGACAAUAAAAGAUUAUAUAUUUGUUUCUUCUAAAUGAGAUAUUGAUGACCUUAAAGGUCACCAUAAUAAAGCUUCAUUGACUGAUAAGAAUUGGAAUCAAUAAAAGAAAAUGCGAUUUUUUUGAAUUUGAUUAUUUACUUAUUAUUUCUUAACAUUAUUUCUUUCAGAUUAUUGUUUGAUUGAUUUUGUUUUCGAAAUAUUUAAACAUAAAUAAAUGAUAACAUGUUACAUAGAUGAUAUUUAACCAAGUUGAACAAAUAUUAGAAAUAAAUUGUAAUUUACGUUUUAUACUAAAUUCAAAUAAAUGCUAAUCCCCGUGAUAACUAAUACAAAUGACUUUAACUAUGACGUUAUAAUACAUUGUCUAAAGCACAGAUUGUAUGAUUUUUGUUCUUCUUUUAUUUUGACUUAUUUUGCUCAUUAAGCCCAAGAAUGCUAUGUUUUAAUUUCUCAAAAAUGUGUCUUUCUUCGUUUUAAUGUACUUAUACAGUUUCAAAAAGUUACUCAUUGGCCACAUCUACAUUUACAAACUACAUUUUGCUUAUUUUACUUUUUUAGCCAUAAUUUAUUUUGUAUGGGAAUAAUAAAGAAACUACAUUGUUGAUAAUUUGCUACAUUAAUGCCAAAUGUUUCGUAUUCAACUGUACAUUGGAUUCAAGUGAUAAGUAUCUAAUUAUACGCUCUUAAUGGAUUAAAAAAUAUCAUAAUUAACAUGCUACCUUUUCUUGAGAGGAAAUUUCAGGACAUGCCAUUUCUGAGGCUUAAUGUGGCUUUAAGAGACAAUGUUUUUGCAUAUUAAUUCAACGAUAAUUUUCUAAGAUUUUUGUUGCAAAAUAGAUGAUUGUUAUAAUUGCAUUUAUUAUUAUACCAUGCUGAUAUUAAAUAGUUUGUACAAAUUGAUCACAAAACUUUGUUUGUUUAUAUGUUUAUGUAUUAUUGUAUAUUAAUGUACAUUUUCUAUGACGAAAUCUACAUUUUUCUACUCAUAUUCUUCUUCUUUUUGGUGAUGCUUUUAUAAUAAUUUAUACGGAAUAUGUUAUUUUUCUAUAUGCAUAUAAUUAAGUCACAGCGACAUUGCUCGACAGCGAAUUUCAUUAUUUCGCGUGUAAAAAAUAUUGAUAAAUAAAAUUACAAUGUAUGUUAUAAAGUGGUAAAGUAAAUGUACUUUAAAAGGUGUUAAAGUAAAAUAAGUCAUUUGGAGCUAAUAAGCCCAAUUGGCUGGCUCAUUAUUAUGGUUUAUUUAUGUAAUUUAUGAUUUCACUUUGAAACACUAACAUUCCAAAGAAAGGCGAUUUGUAUAAUUGUUAAAUUGUAUCUAAUAUAUAAUGUCAGCAACUAAACAGUUAGCUUUAAGCUGAAAUUGAUAAGUAUUGUCUCAAAUAUAUGUAGUAUUUGAUUUAUUGUUGUUGUUGUUGUAGUUUUAAAAAAUGGAACAUGUUACGUCAUAUAUCCCAUUAUAUGGGCACACUUUAAAUAGUUGUGAGAUAAUACUUACAUCAUUCUUCAAGAAUCCAAGAUUUUACAUUUUCUUGGCUCAAAUGCACCAGUUAAUUUUAUCCAAAGCAUUAACUACCAAUAUCAUAAUGGGCAUUUUAACUUUUGGAUUUCCAAAUAUUUAGUUAAUGCAUAAUGUAUCAAACAAAAAGAAAUACAAGCACAGUAUCAAAACGACUUGAUCUUGCUGUGUUUCAUAUUGUGAAGUCGAGCAAUCAAUCACGAGUAGUAAGUGUGACAAUGGUUUUCCAAAGACUAUUGCCAAAGAAGAUAUGUAGCGUAAUGGUUGUGUUUUAGAAUGUCUAAAUGUGUAAUGGUUAGUUAUAUAAGUAUAUAUCUAUAAAUGUAUGAUGUUGAGAGUGUUUCAAAUUGUGAUUGGGUAAAAAAUGGAUUAGUAUGCAUUAUAUUUUAUUUUGGUUAUAUCCUUUAUUCUUCCUUUAUAAAUGAAGGUCACUGAAAUAUUAUCGAACGUAUCUAACGGUUUAACUAACGUGUCCGCUAAUGACCGAAUUGGGCUAUGUGAGGUCUUCCUCAAGCAAUAAAAGUUGGUCGUCGUCAUAUACAAACAUAUAGUAUGUAAUCUCCAAUGUUUUCAGUCGUUCCGGACAAUAAAAUUUGUUAGGUGAUCAACCUUCUUUAACAGAUAAUUUAAAAAUCACAAGAGUUUGCCUAUGAAUUUAUGAAAAACGUUUGAAUAUAAAUUACAAAAUAAUAUGCAAAUAAAAUUUUGAAACAAAAAUUAGUAAAUAUUAUGUUGUACUAAAUCGAUAAUAUACUUAUUUUGUGAUAUGCAUGCAAAUAUAUAAUUUGAUAGGAUUUGUUUUAAAUGCGUGUACAUUUGUAUAUAUAUUCACAAAGGCCUGGAUGAAAAUACUUCACAUUCUGCAUAAUCCAUUUAUUAUCAUGCUGAAUUAAUUGCAUAUAGAUGACUAUUAUAUUAUAAGAAUUCAGAUUUUAUAAAUAUAUAUUGAUAUA